AUGGCUACAAGGCAGAAGCUGGAAGCCCUCGUCGACGAGGCGAAAUUCCGCGUGCGCGAUCUGCGCAAGAGCGGCGCUGCAAAGGAGGAUGUCCUGGCCGCCAUGGCCGAGCUCGACAUUCGCAAGCAGAAGCUGCACGAGGAGCUCGAGAAACACAAGGACACGUCCUUCAACCGCGAAGGCUUUGAGGAUCUCAUGAAGCGCCGCUUCUUCUACGCCCCCGCCUUUGAGAUCUAUGGCGGCACGGCUGGUCUGUACGACUACGGUCCCACGGGCUGCGCCAUCAUGAACAACAUCCAGCAGGAGUGGCGCCGCCACUUUGUGUUGGAGGACAACCUGCUCGAGAUCAGCUGCCCGGCCAUGACCCCAUACCGCGUCCUCGAGUCCUCUGGCCACGCCAAGCGGUUUGCGGACAUUAUGGUGAAGGACAUGCAGACGGGCGACUGCCACCGCGCAGACCACCUCCUCGAAGAUGCAAUGGCGGCCAAGAUGAACGACGACGACGUGACGGAGGAGCAGAAGGCGGAGUACGCCCGCGUCCAGACCAUGGCCGACACGUACACGAAGGACGAGCUGAAGAGUCUGUUUGAGAAGUACGGGAUCAAGGCGCCAAUCACAGGCAACGAGCUCUCCGACCCCAUGGACUUUAACAUGAUGUUCAAGACCGAGAUUGGCCCGACCGGCGAAAACCCAGGCUUCCUGCGCCCCGAGCUUGCCCAGGGCAUCGUUGUUGCGUUCAAGCGGCUGUACGACUUCAACGGCAACCGGCUGCCCUUUGGCGGGUGCCAGAUUGGCACGGCAUACCGUAACGAAAUCUCGCCCCGCUCCGGCCUCCUCCGCGUCAGGGAAUUCCCGCUCGCGGAGAUUGAGUACUUUGUGGACCCAAAGUACAAGGACCACCCAAAGUUCAAGACGGUGGCUGACCUUGAGCUGCCGCUGUACUCUGCAGACGACCAGGAGCACGGCCGCGUCCUCACCACCUCCCGUCUCGGCGACGCCGUCGCGAACGGCACAAUCGCCAACGAGACGCUGGCGUACUUCCUUGCCCGCAUCUACCUCUUCCUCACCAAGAUUGGCGCCGACCCAAAGAAGAUUCGCUUCCGCCAGCACCUGCGCAACGAGAUGGCGCACUAUGCGUGCGACUGCUGGGACGCCGAGCUGCAGACGUCGUACGGCUGGAUCGAGAGCGCCGCAUGUGCCGACCGCUCCUGCUACGACCUUGAGCAGCACGCAAAGGCAACGAACCAGGAACUCGUGGCUGCCGAGCGCCUGUCGACCCCGAUCAUCCGGGACCGCGUCAUUGCCGAUGCGAACAAGGGCCUGUGCGGCCGCCAGUUCAAGAAGGACGCCAAGCUGCUGUUUGCACACCUCGCCAACCUCUCAAACGAGGAGGCUGAGGACCUCGAGGCAAAGCUCAAGGAGGGCAACGCGACGCUUGAGGUUGAGGGCAAGUCACUUGAGGUGACGCCCGAGAUGAUUGUCAUCAAGCGUCGCCAGGAGAAGAUCCACGAGCGCAAGUUUGUGCCGAGCGUGAUUGAGCCGACGUUUGGGCUCGGCCGCAUCAUCUACGCCAUUCUCGAGCACAGCUACGCCUGCCGCGAGGGCGACGAGCAGCGCCAGUGGCUGAGCGUGUCGCCGCUCGUUGCUCCGGUCAAGUGCUCUCUGCUUCCUCUCAGCAACAAGCCGGACUUUGACCCGCUUCUCGAAGAACUCUGCACGAUGAUGACUGAGGAAGGCAUCACGUUCCUGAAGGAUGCGUCCGGCACGUCGAUUGGCCGCCGCUACGCCCGCACGGACGAGAUUGGCAUUCCAUUUGGCGUCACCGUCGACUUUGACUCGCUCCAGGAUCGCACCGUCACGCUUCGUGACCGCAACUCCAUGACUCAAGUCCGCAUGCCGAUGGAUGCUGUUCCGCGCACAGUUGCCCGUCUCAGCCGCGCCCAGGCCACGUGGGAUGACGUCGUGGCCGAGCACGGUCUCUGCCAGACAGGCUCGCAGUGA